CAACACCAUACAAUUACGGUACGGCGGUUGAUUGACUUGUCUCUGUUAGCUUGCCGCCUGCGCGAUUUUCGGGCAUUUCGCGCCUCAUUCGUAUAAUUUUAAGUUAAUUAUUUAUCGAACAUUCCAAAAUGGGUGCAUAUUUAUCAGAGCCUGUUACUGAAAAAGUGUCAAGCGAUGAAUCAAACGAUAGAUUAGAAUGCGGUGCUAGCUCCAUGCAAGGAUGGCGUGUCAAUCAAGAGGAUGCACAUAAUACAAUUUUGGAUUUUGAUGAACAAACAUCAUUAUUUGCUGUGUACGAUGGUCACGGCGGCGCCGAAGUAGCCACCUAUUGCUCGCAAAAUUUGCCAAAUUAUAUCAAAAAUACAGAAGCAUACAAGAGUGGCCUAUUAGUUAAAGCUUUGGAGGAUGCUUUUCUUGGAUUUGAUGAAACCAUUGCUACAAAAGAGGUUAUGGAUGUACUCAAAGAAUUAGCAGGUGAAAUAAAUCCUCCUGGACCGAGUGACAAUGAGCAAUCUGAUGAUGAAAAUGUCAGUAAUCUAUAUCAAGAGGCACAUCUUCCACUACAGGAGGUGCUAGCAAAAUAUGAGAACAAGCUUAGUACUCUGCACCGCGCCCGACUUGGUGACACGGCGACUCCAUUGUCUCCUUGCCUGAGGGCUAAGAAGAACAAUGAUGAAGCAGGUGGCUCAGGUGCAUCAAGUUCAGGGACUGUUGCCGCAGGUUCCAGUUUGGAGGUUCCCAGCGGUGCUUCCUCCAGUAAGAAUGGAGAAGAAGUCAAGGUGGGCAACCCAGAGGAAGACACAGGAGGAGUAUCUUCUACGAAUUCCAACGAAGAGGACAAGGAUCUGAAUGGAGAGGUUUCAACAAGUGAGCCUGAUCAGAAAACCAAGGACCCCAAAGAGGUCACCAAACCAUCACUGACAGCCCCCGAUAGCUCGGGAGACAAUUGCCAUCAACCUGAGCAAAGUAUGGAUGUUAGUAAGGUGCCAGUAGCCGGCAAUGGUGACGGAUGCAAUGGAGAAGUGUCGGACUCGAAACAGGCAGAUGGCGAAGAUAAUAACAUUUCUUCUUCCAACGGGUCGGCUACACCUGUGAAGAGUGGCAAAGGAAAAGACAAAGUGUCUCCCGUGUCAAGUACAGACAAGCCGACGCCUGAGCGUCCAAAGAAGUCCAAACUCCGUCGUGCGGCCGCCGCUGUAUACGAGUCUCUGUUGAGGCAGGCCUCCAUGGAAGAUGACGAGGAGAGUGACUCCAAUGAUGAAACCUUCGAAGGAGGCGAGAUCAACUCCUCGGACGAAGAGAAUGUUAAUGGCGUUGAAGACUCUUCAAAUGAUGGUGAGGAAGAAGAAGAGGAGGAGGAUGAGGAGGAAGGGGAGAACGACUCGAGUGACGAAGACGGAGAGGAGGAUAUCAGCAUGGCGGAGGAGCCCGGAAAUGAUAGCGGAUGCACGGCUGUUGUCGCACUGCUGAAGGGAAAUGAACUGUACGUGGCUAAUGCCGGCGAUUCCCGAUGCAUCGUCUGCAGAGAGGGCAAAGCCAUAGACAUGUCUAUAGACCACAAGCCUGAGGACGCGCCUGAGCUCGAACGAAUCACUAAAGCCGGCGGGAAAGUGUCCAACGACGGACGCAUUAAUGGUGGCCUGAACCUUUCGCGGGCAAUCGGAGACCACUCCUACAAACAAAACAAAGACUUGGGCCCCAAGGAACAGAUGAUCACAGCACUGCCAGAUGUCAAAACACUAACAAUAGACCCUGAAAAAGAUCAGUUCAUGGUACUGGCUUGUGAUGGAAUAUGGAACUUUAUGUCUAGUCAAGAUGUCUGCGAUUUUGUACUGCCCAGACUGGUUGAAGGCAGAGAAAGGCUAUCUCAGAUAUGCGAAGAGAUGUUCGACCGCUGUUUGGCUCCAAGUACAAUGGGCGACGGAACUGGCUGCGACAAUAUGACAGCCAUCAUAGUGCGGUUCAAAGGUGGCGUUAUAAGCGAAGUGGGCCAGCAUUCCACUGCAGAGGGAUCAAAGAAGCGAGUGGCUGAAGAGGAACCAAGCGUGGAUGAUCAGCAAGACACCAAGAGGCAAAAGGUCGAUGACCCCUUAUCUAGUUCAGUAGUGACGUCGAGUGUGUAAGGCCUGAAGUAGGUUAAGGACAAGCAGUGUUCAAGCCACUCAUAGUAUUGUGAAAUGUUUGGUGAAGACUAAUCUAUUAUGGCUAAGCGGGAAUAUCAGUUUGAUAUUUUGAGUGAGGGUUUACCAUCAUUUCUAUUGAAUUGAAGUUUCCAUUUACAUUUUUCUUGAGAGCCUCAUUUUUCUUGCAGUGAGACUAUUUUUUCAUGUGUGCAAGGUUUGUAGGUAUUGUAACUGCGCUGGCGUCGUUGACAAAUAUAUUCCCUUUGAAUGAGCCUUAAAAUUAAAAUUAAAUAUAGUGCUGGACUUUAGGAAAAACAAAACAGUUCAAAACAAUUAAAAUAUUUGUGGUGCAUCUUAAAUAGCAAGACAUUAUAUUUCUUAUAAUUGGAUAUAUAUGAUAAUCUAGGGCGCUAAAUAAUUACAUAUACUUGCAUAUUAUUUAAACUUAUCUCAUUACCGGAUUUAACUUAUAAAAUUAUUUUGGAAAUGUAGGCUGUUAUGUAGGCUUGUCAUAGGGGUUGCCUUAUCAAGGUAAAUUUCUUAUAAGAUAUUUUGAAUAGAUUUUGCAUCUGCUCUAACAUGCAGCUGAAAGGGACGAUGUUGUGGAUAAAAUUGAGAACUGAAGUCUUAGUAUGUAAGCUGUAAAUGUAAGAAACAAAAUCAUUUAUCAAUGGUUCGCUUUAGAACAUAAGAUGAUCACAUAUUUUUUGUAGAGGAACCCCAGUUUAAUUUAAUUUAUUCUUAACAUCUAUGCAGUGUCUGUAUCUCAUAUGCUUUCCUUAUUAAAUUCAAUUAUCUAAAAAUAAUGAAAAAAUAUUGUGCCAUUACGUGAAUGUUAAAUUCUUUACAUAGCGACGAACAAGGGUAGAAAAACCCUUAUGUUUGAAUUUAGAACAUUGUUAUUGUUUUGUAUACAAACUAGCUUAACAGUUUUUCUACUCUUUUACGUCACAAAAAGACCUUUUUUCCGUGUUAUUUGGCAAGUAUUAUUUCGUAAAAUGUAUGUGCAUGUUUGCGGAUUCGCCAGUAAAAAGCGUUGUCUUUUGUUAUUAUUGAAUUGAAUCUAUUAUUUUAAUUUUGGUUGACGAGAAGGAUGUUGUUUCAUCUUUCAUUUAUGUAUCGAAAAAAGUAAAUUGAAUGUACUUAUUUUGUUCAAUUAAAUUAAAAAACAUGUGACAUUGGUUAGAAUUAAAUAUUUUUUCAAUGAAUGUGACAUUGACUUGUUCCUUACAUAAGAAUAAAAACAUUGUAAUCAAGGGAAUGAAUGUAUAUUUCAAUAAUUUAUCCGUGUUACUCUGUAGUAAUAAGUAGUUAUAUUUUUAUAAACACCGGUAAUUUUACUUUUACUUGCUUAAUAAUUUUAUUUCCAAUUCCGUUUAGAUAACAUACAAUUACUCAGGGAAACCUAUUAAUUUACAAACAGAUAAGUAACUUUCUCUUUUCAAUGUGUGUUUCGAUGAAAAAUACAUUUUUACAGACUGUA